AUGCAUCUCUCUGCCUUUUUGCUGCCCCUGGCGGCUUCGCUUGCUGCGGCAGUACCAUCUGCUCGCGCGUCGAAGGCUUCGAGUAUGCCCACAGUGUCUCUCGAUUACAGUACAGUUCAAGCCGUCGCAGGCAAUGAGACACUUGGAUACUACAAAUAUCAAAAUAUCCGCUUUGCCGCAGUGCCCACUGGAGAUCUUCGUUUCGCCAAACCAGAAUGGCCAUCUGUGGAAUCAGUUAUCAACAAUGGAACAACCUAUGCCAGCCAAGACGUGGACUGCGGAUCUUAUGAGGAUUGUCUUUACAUGGACGUUUGGGCUCCUGCUAAUGCAAAGGGCAAGAAGCUUCCCGUUGUGGUCUGGACAUAUGGCGGCGGAUUCACCAGCGGCUCCAAGUCCAAGAGCACCCCGGAGGGCUUGUUCGAUCUUUCCAAAGGAUUCAUCUUUGUGGCCUUUAACUAUCGUCUCGGAAUGACCGGCCUCGCCAAUUCAGUGACUGCUGUUCAUCAAGGUGCCACCGAUAAUGUUGCUCUGUACGACGUCGAGCAUGCCUACAAAUGGGUUAAGAAGUAUAUCCGCAACUUUGGUGGCGACCCCGACGAUAUCACAGCAGUUGGAUUCUCCGCCGGGGCCAGCAUGCAUCUCUUCAUGAUGACCCGCUUCGGGGGUCAUAAUGAGCAGCUUUUCAACAAAGCCUACCUUACCUCUCCAGGUUUCGUACCUGGUGCCGGUCACCACCAAGGGGAAAUGUUCUGGCAGAACGUGUCUACUGCCGCUGGAUGUAGUGGUGGUGACCUCUCAUGCAUGCGCAAGGUCCCCUUCUCCAACCUCAGCGACAUUGCCAGCGAUGUCCGUCAAGCUUAUGGAUACCAAUUCCAGCCUCGUGUCGACGGUGACUUUAUCGCCGACACUUAUGAGUCUCAGCUGUACCAGGGAAGAUUCAACUUCACCGGUCCCUUGGUCAUUACCCACGAGCAGCAUGAGAACAAUGGCUCACCCACCUCUGGAGUUAACACAACGGCCGAUGUGAGAAGCGAGCUGCGCACUUUCUUCCCGGCUAUCACGGAAGAUGUCAUUGAUGAGAUCUUGGAAUUAUAUCCCGAGUCCGACUACACCAGCCCUGGGUACCGCUUUGCCGAUAUCAGACAGUCGUUUGACCUGACUGCCCAUGACUACGCUCUUACCAGGGCUCUUAACAACAACACUUGGAAUGCCAUGGUUGCUCUUAACCAAGCAUCCCAUGGAACUGAUCAGAGCUAUUACUGGUACAACACCUACUCUCUUCUCCCCAGCACUAGCUCCAAAUCCGCACCUGCUGCGGGCUCUGGUGUCACCAUUGCGGGUAACAUCUCGCCAAACCCUACAGUUGCUCGCAAGAUGCAAAAGUAUCUUCUCUCCUUUGUACUGACUGCCAACCCCAACACCAAGUGGGCUGGUGAUAAAAUUCACUGGCCCAAGUACGGUGCCAACGCGACAGAAAUUGUGUUCAAUUCGACCAUGUAUACCAUGGAAGAUGAUCUCGCCAAUGCAAAGAGCCUGUACUGGAAUAAAGCUCUCUGGUACUAG